UCUCCCUUCUCAGGCGCCUGCGCGGCUCGCUGUUGCUGGUCAUGUGACUCCCGGCGCCCCUUGACGUCACGCCCUGCCUGUCGGAGGAAGGAGGAAGUGUCGCAAGAUGGCGUCGCGCACUGAGGCCGGGGAGAAGCUGCUCUAGGCUGGAUUUAACGGCGGGUGCGGAGCGGUACAGCAGCGGACUCUAAAUGGAUUCGAGAAAAUCGGUCUCUGAUUUACACGGGCCAUUUAGUUACCUAGAAGAUGUCCCGUUCAAGAUCGGUGAUAAGUUCAGAGUGCCGGAUAAAGUUGGCCUUCCUAUUGGCUUCUGUAUGCCGGACAUUAGUCAACUUAUAAGUGAGGCCCAGUAUGACUUCUCUUUGGAGAAGAAGACCAUUGAAUGGGCUGAGGAGAUAAAACAGAUUAAAUCUGCCCAGCGAGAAGCUGAACUGAAGGCAGAAGCCGCCCGUUCCCGAGCAGACCCCGACACUACGGGUGAGCGCGAAGAAAAUGAGGCCAUUGGUCGCCCACCUAACCUGCACCCCAUACUUAGCCUCCAUUACAACAGCAUGCUUACUCCUACCCCCGCCAACAGCAGUGGCAUACCGCAAAAAGUGCUGAGCCCCCCACACACCAAAGCGGACUUCAAUCCUGCUGACUUUGAGGGCGAGGAGAACCCGUUUGACAAUGUGGAGCUAAAAACGAUUAAUGAAAAGGAGGAAUUAAAGAACAUCCUUGACAUUCAUAUCAGGCCUGUUGCAGACCAAGACUUAAGUCAAAAUGACCCCACCCAUGGCUCUCAGGCUCUGGUGAAGGAUGAAGACACCCUCACCACCAUGAAACAAGAAACACUAGACUUCAAGCACCUACGAAAACCCAAUGGUUUUAUCACUUUACCGCAGCUGGAGGACUGUGAGCUACCCCCGUCUUCCAAAGUGUCCCUUGCUCCCAUCAACUCAGUCAGCAAUAUCAAAUCCCUGUCUUUCCCUAAACUAGACUCUUAUGACAGCGACCAGAAGACGGCAUUCACAAACACUACCUGCCUGCCCAACGGCACUUUCCAGGACUCUUUACAAUCCUCUCCUCCAAACAAUGGCGGUGAACUGAAUGGACACCUUACUCGGGGUCAGCCUUUGCAUUUAGAAAGCGCGGUUGUACAGCCCACCUUACCUCCUUCUUCUCUAGCCCCCGUGGUAUCUGGUAGAGACGGAAUAGCACGGACCUGUUUGAACAGUGAUCCAAAGACCGCCGCUCAUCGGGUAGCAAUGUCCAAAGUGCCCAAUAACAUCACCAAUGUGACGCGGCUCAAUGUUCCGGGUUAUGAUGAGCUCCUGCAGGCGCUGUCCGGCAGCGAGAGGCAGUGUGCGGAGACCAUUGUCAGUAUGGGCUAUUCUUAUGAACAUGUCAUAAGAGCCAUGCAGAAACAGGGACAGAACGUGGAGCAGGUGCUGGAGUACCUGUUCAUCCAAUCCCAGCUGUGUGAGAAAGGCUUCGACCCUGUACUGGUGGACGAGGCUCUGGAGAUGUACCAGUGUUCAGAGGAAAAGACAAUGUUGUUCCUUCAGCUGAUGAGCAAAUUCAAAGAGAUGGGAUUCGAGCAGAAGGAGAUCAAAGAGGUUUUGUUACUACAUAACAAUGACCAGGACAAAGCUCUGGAAGAACUCAUGACCCGGGCCGGGGCCAGCUGAACCUCCCAGGGAUUGGCUUCACCAUAGGCUGUAACAUGUUUGGAAGAAGGGAGGGAGGGGGAGACUGUUUUAAGCUUUCUAACCUGAUGCACAGAGCAGAUCUCUGCCCCCCCACCACCAUGUUUCACAUUCUGCGCUCUUUUCCCUGAAAAGCCAGCUUGAAGUAUAUAUAUUGUAAGAAGUGCCCUUUAACUUCCAAACUUUCCCCUCUUCUGAGGAAUUGAGUUUGCCCUGAAUAGUACACAGGACGGCGGGGAAGUGUUAAUUGUUCGUUUUCCUUUUGCAGUGGAAAUGGGAGGCGGAAGCGAGGAAGAACAGUGUGAAGCUGCUCAUUGCUUAUACUGGAAUACAGACUGAUAAGGCAAACCUUUUAGUGCAAUGAUUUAUUUUUUUGUUUUCCUUUUUCCGGAUGAUUAGUACUACACUGGUUAUUAAACUACUCUCACAAGCAUAGAGUCAGAUGCAAAUGAACCGGCAGCCCCUGGAAUCCUAUUUAAUGCCUACAUGUUUUGGGGGGGGGGGAGGGGUUGCAGUUUAAAGUACAACUCCAGCCAAAGAUUGUCAGUCGGGGUGUGAAAGGGGUUUGAACCUCCUUGUCAGGUUUUUAUAGCUAGGCUUCCUAUUGCACUCUGUACGAGGGAUGGUUUUGGCUGGCGUUCUAUCACUGACUUAAGCUGUGAUGGCUUGUUGGAUUCUUUAAGUAUAUCCUAAAUUAUUUGCAUUAUAACCUUUAUCUGUGCAUUUGGAAAUGGGAUGUUGUGCCCAAGAAAAGAUUGAGAUGUUCUUCGGAACGGAGUUUCUGUACGCAAAAAAAAAGAAAAAAGUGCGUUGGAGGGCUGGUUUGUGAUUUGCAGGACAAAAGUGAGGAAUCAAAGGCAAUUCAUGUUCAAUGUCUUUUUUUUGCCUUUCGUUAUAAAAAAUGAUAAAGGGUAAAAAGUCAA